AUGACAGAGGAUCAAGUAGAGCAAUUACAUGAGUCUAACGAUGGUAAUGCAUUCUUGCAAAAACUGACUGCUCUGCCUAUUGUGAUGAUACAAGUUCACUGUCUUGAGUUAAAAAUUGCAGUGUUGGACAGACCAUACUGGGUGUAUUAUCGAAUACGUGUGCUAGAAACUUUUACGAUACCUUUAACACCUCUUGAAAGUCUAGAGAUGUUAGCUAAGUUGAGAGAUGCCAAUUACUUCCAACCUCGUAUUCCACGAUCAGAAACCCCAACUGUAAUGAGUAUCGACGAUUUAAAGACACUUGAUACUCCCAAUAGCACUAAUCGUUAUGCCUCAACAUAG